AUGGCUACCCCCAGUGUCCUUACCUUUGAUGCUGAGGGUCGUGCUGUUGACUUUGAAUUCUGGGUCGAUGACCUCCAGCUGUUCCUACAGUGCGUUAGGGCAGACGGACUCUCUCUGUUCGAUCUCACCUCUGGUGUCUCUCCUGCCCCGCCUGCUACUGCUGACAGCACUGUUCGCUCACAGUGGGCCACACGCGAUGCUGCUGCCCGCCUUGCUGUGCGUCGCCACUUACCGACCACUGAGCGUGCGCACUUUAGCCAGUACAAGAGUGCUAAGACCUUGUACGAAGCUGUAGUUGCACGCUACUCCUCCCCUGCCACUGCUGCGCUUAGCCGCCUCAUGCUGCCGUACCUGUUCCCAGACCUUGCUGCCUUUCCCACAGUCGUUGACCUCAUUACGCACCUUCGCACUAGUGACACUCGCUAUCGCGCUGCGCUUCGUGCUGAGUUCUGUGCCAAGAACCCACCCCCCAUGUACAUCACCCUCUACUACAUAGUCACCCGGCUCCCUGACUCCCUUCGCUUAGUCAAGGACCACUUCCUCUCAGUUUGCCCCACCACACUCACCGUUGGCCUCCUCGAGGAGCGCCUCCUAGCAGCAGAGAAGAGCAUAGUCGCUGUAGGAGCCUCUUGUGGUGACCCUCGCACCCCCGUCUUUGAGGGGUGUUCCCCCUCCCCCCUCUUGCCCUCUGUUGCCUCUGCUGCUGCGGCCGACCUCGUUGGUUUCGAGUCGUUCGGCGCUGCAUCUGCCCCUAGCGGGAGACGCCGCACCGGCAAGGGCAAGGGGGGCAAGGGCGCUGGAGGGGCUGGCGAGGGCGGUGGAGGUGGUGGUGGAGGCAGUGGAGGGGGUGGGGGUGGUAGUGGGAGUGGUGGCGGGGGUGGAGGUGUCGGUGGCAGCAGUGGAGGCGGUGGAGGCGGCGGCGGUGGCAGAGGGAGCGGAGGCGGCGAAGGUGGCGGAGGCGGCGGAGGUGGCGGCGGCGGCGGCGGCGGCGGUGGAGCUGGUCGCGGCUCUGCGCAGAGGAGUGGCUCCGGCGGUGGAUAG